AUGGUCAUGGUCAUUGUGAGAUUAUGGCACUGUGAUGCAAUCUCUGAUGGUAGCAACCCUGGCAUCAUAGUCAUUGUGAGAUGGCACUAUGAUGCACUCUAUGAUGGCAGAAACCCUGGCAUCAUGGUCAUGGUCAUUGUGAGAUUGCACUGUGAUGCAAUCUCUGAUGGAGAUGGCACUGUGAUGCAGUCUGAUGUUAGCAACCCUGGCAUCAUGGGGACUGUGAGAUGGCACUGUGAUGCAAUCUCUGAUGGCAGCAACCCUGGCAUCAUUGUCAUUGUGAGGUGUAAGGCAAUUCAGCCAAGUAUAGCCAUCACCUCGGCAGAUAUGCUUGAUCAGAACGGUAGCAGCGAUACAGGGAGUGAAGAGAGUGAUCACACCCCCCAGCCAUCAAGCCCCAGUCAAAAUGGCAACGUGGUGGCAGCUGACUGCAAUAAUCUUGUUGUACCCGAAGACUCGUCACUUCCACGGAGAUCCAGUCUAAUUAAAGAUCGUAAGCGAACAUCACGUAAAAAAACAGUUUCCUUUACAACUAUGCCACAAGAAAAAAAAAUCGCAAACGCUUCAGACUGUAUCACAUUCAUGCAAGCAGGCAGCGAGUUGAUAAAAGUACGUUCACAGUCCCGACAGUAUCAUCGUAUAUUUACAAUUGAUGAUGACCUGUCUGUUUUGAGAUGGCAUCCAACAUCAAAGAAACCAAUAAAAGCAAAAAUUUCCAUUGACCAAAUCAAAGAAGUGAGGGUUGGCAAAAACACAGAGACAUUGAGAAACCGAGAGAUAGCCGGAGACUUUUCUGAAGACUGUGCCUUCUCUAUUAUUUACGGUGAUAACUAUGAUAGUUUAGAUUUGGUAGCAAAUACACCGGAUGAAGCAAAUAUAUGGGUUACCGGAUUAACCUGCCUUAUUGGGGGUAACCUCGGAAAUAAAGCUCCAGAUUCCAUGGAAACAUCACAUGAACUUGACAUGAGAGACAGAUAUCCUUUUCCAUAUUUUCUAGAUUUUCCAGCAGCUAUGAGUCUUAUGUUUUCCGGGGCUGACAACGAGAGAAGUGGUCGACUAGACGAGUUUGAAGUUAUCCAGCUUAUGAAAAAAAUAAAUCAAGGAGUCACAACUUGUAAAAUAAAACAAAAAGAAAUCACCUUAAACAAGUGUAAAGAUGGUAGCAGUAGACCUGCCCUGGCUUUUCAAGAUUUUUUAGAAUUUUUCAAGGAAAUUUCAACAAGACCCGAAAUUUACUUUUUACUGGUUAGGUAUGCAAGCUGUGAGUUUUUAACGACUGAUGAUCUGUUGAUUUUUCUGGAAGCAGAACAAGGGAUGACGGGCGUUACAAAAGAUAAGUGUCUUGAACUUAUCAACAGAUUUGAACCUUCAGAAGAAGGAAAGGUCAAAGGUCAUUUAGGAAUAGAUGGAUUUACACAAUAUUUAAUGUCUAUCGAGUGUGAUAUCUUUGAUCACAGUCAUAGAACAGUAUGUCAAGACAUGACACAGUCUCUAUCACACUACUUUAUUGCAUCCGCCCACAAUACGUAUUUAAUUGAAGAUCAAUUGAAAGGUCCGUCUAGUGCGGAGGGUUACAUCCGAGCGCUGCAAAGGGGAUGCAGAAGUGUUGAACUCGAUUGUUGGGAUGGUCCUUCAGACGAAGCUAUUAUUUACCAUGGGCAUACCUUGACAAGCAAGAUAUCAUUCAAGUCAGCAAUAGAGGCCAUCAAUGAACAUGCGUUUACAGUAUCACAAUAUCCAGUAAUAGUUAAUAUUGAAAAUCACUGCUGUCCAGAUCAGCAAAGGUACAUGGUGAAAUGUCUCACAUCAACAUUCGGAGACAAACUUUAUCGUGAUCCACCAAAGGAAGACAAACAUUUUCUACCUUCGCCAGAAGAACUUAAAGGCAAAAUAAUUCUGAAGGGAAAAAAACUUCGGAAGGAAUGUCAAGAUGAUGAAGGAGAAGUGACGGAUGAAGAUGAAUGCACAGACAAUGACAGGAAAAAGAUAAAAAGAGAUGGUUUCAAGAAGAUCACACUGAUCAAAGAACUUUCAGAUCUCAUCACAAUAUGUAAAUCGGUUCGGUUUGAAGAUUUUCACGAAUCUGCACAAAAUCAAAAGUACUGGGAGAUGUGUUCCUUAAGUGAAGGCGUCGCUAAUAAAUUCGCCAACAUAUGCCCAGAAGAUUUUGUAAACCAUACAAAAAGGUUUCUAACUCGGAUACAUCCAAACACUAUACGAGUUGAUUCAAGUAAUUAUAAUCCACAGGAUCUUUGGAAUUGUGGAUGUCAGAUUGUUGCGUUGAAUUACCAGACGCCGGGACUAAUGAUGGACCUUUACGAAGGAAGGUUUCAACAAAAUGGUUGCUGUGGUUACGUACUGAAGCCUGCUGUGAUGAGAGAAGAGAUCGCUUAUUUUAGUGCAAACACAAAGGAAAUGAUUCCGGGCGUCUCAACACAAAUACUGCAUAUGAAGAUCAUCAGUGGCCAACAGUUUCCCAAACCAAAGGGGUCAGGUGCUAAGGGUGAUGUCAUUGAUCCUUAUGUUUCCAUGGAAAUAUUUGGCAUCCCAGCUGACUGUGCUGAAGAAAGAACAAAGACAGUUCAACAUAAUGGUUACAAUCCACUAUUUGAUGAAAGUUUUGAGUUUACAGUGAAUUUACCUGAGUUAGCCUUAGUGAGAUUUGUUGUCUUAGAUGAUGAUUACAUAGGAGAUGAAUUUAUUGGACAGUAUACCAUUCCAUUUGAGUGCUUACAACCAGGUUACAGGCAUAUUCGUCUUCUCUCGAAUACGGGGGAGAUUCUUGGGAAUGCUUCAUUAUUUGUGCAUAUCGCUAUUACUAACAGAAGAGGAGGAGGGAAAGCAACCAAGCGGGGUAUGUCAGUGAAGAAAUCACGAAGACAGCGAGAAUAUACCAAUCUUAGGGUCGUUAACGUGAAGUGUAUUGACGAGACUUUCAAGGUUGCGAUUCAGCCACUCAGGGAAGCAACUGACCUCAGAGAAAAUGUCCAAACUACAAUGACCAGAUUCAAAGAAAUGUGUGGCUUAGCAUCAAUAGCGAAUAUUAAACAGUGUAUCCGAGUGUUGGCUACAAGGUUACAAACAAGUUCUAUUGACAAUUUGGUACUCAUGUUACAAAUGAAAGACAAGUGCUAUCAAGGUUCCAUGAUUCAUAGAUUGAACACAGAUCAGCUGAGGAGUACUGGUAAAUUCUAUAAUUUAGUUGCUACUUCCUGGAUGAAGUCUCCCCUGUAUCUUGGAUACAUUGUUAUUGUUGGGGAGAAAAAACACUGGCUAAAAGGUUUGGUAGCUUUCUUGGUAAUUUGA